GCGAGGAUGAACCUGUUCUGGAGAAAUCUCCCUCCGCCGCCGCCACUCUCGUCGUCGUCGUCGUCGGCGGCGGCGCCGCCAUCGCCGGCGCCGGCGAGGGUGUACCUGAACUGGCGAGAUCUCCCUGCCGGCCUGUCGCCCAAGGUCGGCCUGCAUUUGGACUUCUCGUGCGCCGCGGGCGACGCCGGGCUCGUCGCCGCGGACGUCGUGGAACACCGGGAGGGCGCAGGCGUGGCACCGCAGGCGCCGCCCGGCCGGCGAGGCAGGCGCGCGAGGCGCCCACCGCCGGACCCCAUGGCGCAGCUGGAGAGGCAGUGGGCCAGGGAGGACGCCCUGCUCGGCGCGCACGACCCCGACCCGCGGGAGCCCCCCGAGGAGCAGCCGGACCCUGCUGGUGAGGACACGGUGCGCAAUUAUGGGAUCAAAGCAUAUCUGCUGCCAGACGGCUCUGGCGGAGUCGACGUCCUCUCUUCCCCUGAUCCCGAACCUCCAGACAUUGACUUGGCUACGUACGAGGCAAUUACGAGACAUCUCAGAGCGCUUGGAUAUUUGAGUGCCACGUCAUCCCUGAUCAGCCCUCGAGAGCUUGUACCAGCAAUUGCCAAGUUCUGGUACACAUGCAACAUGGACAAGUUGGUAGUGUUCCCAUACACGUUCGCACUGCGUAGCAUGUCGAAUCUCUUGCGCACCAGGCCAAACGAGUUCGAGCAUGCUCGAGACCGCGACCUGGCCUUCGUGUUACCACUGAAAAACUCGUCCCACAAGCGCUAUGGCUCCAUUCCGGCUGGCAGAAUCGCCAAAGGGGGCGGCCCUGCCAUGAUGGAGAAUGUUCACGGCCAGAGCGCCCUCCCUGCGCUGCCCGCGGGCUUGACCUACACGCAGGUUGCCGCUGGAGCGGGUCACACGGUCCUGCUCCGGACCGAUGGCUCUGCCGUGGCCUGCGGCCAGAAUGGUGAGGGCGUCUGUGCUCUCCCUGCGCUGCCCGCGGGCCUGACCUACACACAGGUCGCCGCUGGAGACGAUCACACGGUCCUGCUUCGGAGCGAUGGCUCCGCCGUGGCCUGCGGCCAGAAUUGUGACGGCCAGUGCGCCCUCCCUGCGCUGCCCGCGGGCUUUACCUACACGCAGGUCGCCGCUGGAAUGGGUCACACGGUCCUGCUCCGGACCGAUGGCUCUGCCGUGGCCUGCGGCCGAGAUGAUGAGGGCCAGUGCGCCCUGCCGGCGCUGCCCGCGGGCCUGACCUGCACGCAGGUCGCCGCUGGAGGGUGGCACACGGUCGUGCUCCGGAGCGAUGGCUCCGCCGUGGCCUGCGGCCAGAAUGGUGACGGCCAGUGCGCCCUCCCUGCGCUGCCCGCGGGCUUGACCUACACGCAGGUCGCCGCUGGUCUGAUGCACACGGUCCUGCUCCGGAGCGAUGGCUCCGCCGUGGCCUGCGGCCAGAAUGAUGAAGGCCAGUGCGCCCUCCCGGCGCUGCCCGCGCGCCUGACCUACACGCAGGUCGCCGCUGGAGAGACUCACUCGGUCCUGCUCCGGAGCGAUGGCACCGCCGUGGCCUGCGGCUGGAAUGGCGACGGCGAGUGCGCCCUCCCGGCGCUGCCCGCGGGCCUGACCUACACGGCCCACCUGUUGCCGGCGAUGCUCCUCCAGGCGUCGCUGGACGGCGACACGAUGCGCUUCAUGACCUUCGGCGGGGCGGAGCGCUCCAGGUCCUGGGCUGGCCCCGCCGCCCGCCUCGCGGACAUCUACGAGCAGCUGCUGGCCGACCACCGCGCGGGCAGGCUGGGGCCCGGAGCCUGGCGGGUGGACGCCGUCUUGCCUGGCGGCCGGCUGCUGAGCAGCGCGGCGGCCGAGGAAACUGUCGCCGAGUGCGCCCUGCCGGCGCUGCCCGCGGGCCUGACCUACACGCCGGUUGCCGCUGGUCUGUGGCACGCGGUCUUGCUCUGGACCGAUGGCUCCGCCGUGGCCCGCGGCUGGAAUGUUCUAGGCCAGUGCGCCCUCCCGGCGCUGCCCGCGGGCCUGACCUGGACGCAGGUCGCCGUUGGAGGGAUGCACUCGCUCCUGGUCCGGAGCGAUGGCACCGCCGUGGCCUGCGGCCAGAAUGAUCAAGGCCAGUGCGCCCUCCCGGCGCUACCCGCGGACCUGACCUGCACGCAGGUCGCUGCUGGAGGGUGGCACACGGUCCUGCUCUGGAUCGAUGACUCCGCCGUGGCCUGCGGCCAGAAUGCUCAAGGCCAGUGCGCCCUCCUGGCGCUGCCCGCGGGCCUGACCUACACGCCGGUCGCCGCUGGUCUGAGUCACGCCGUCCUGCUCCAGAGAGAUGGCACCGCCUGCGCCGUACCUGCGCUGCCCGCGGGCCUGACCUACACGGCCAGCCUGUUGCCAGCGAUGCUCCUCUAG